AUGCCCGGUCCCGUCAAUUUCUACCUUGAAGCGGGAGAAAUCCGACCGUGGCUCACAGCUCUGCGGAAGACUUCAUCGCUUCAAAAGCUAAAGAUUGAUUUCAGAACCUUUGGCCGAAGGGCGCUCGAAGCCUUCCUCAAAGAAGUCGCUAAGAAUGAUAACCUGCGGUCCGUAGUUAUCACUCACCCACCCACAAGAACCGACCCCCUGGACAUAUGCAGGUUGAUCAAACAGCACGGACUGUGCAAUCGCGUCAGGAUUGCUGACCACCAUGUGGAAUCGCUGAGCUUGCCCAGCAUCAGGCAGUGCGUCGACAUUACCAGAGUGACUGUUGAGGCAAGCCACUUCGCUUUUGACACGCUGCCCACGAUGAUCUCAAGCACUAUGGAGUCAGUCUUCGGCCUUUUCGAACACGUGACGUUGCUCCGAGUAAACUGCGACCUUUUCAGAGAAGCGCAUUUCGCUGCUUUGUGUGCGUACCUGUCAGCACCCUCAGCGCUCGUUGACGUCGAGCUCACGUUGUGUACACGCAUGCUCGUUAUGACAGCAGAGGAGUCACGCAGCGUUCCUAGCAGACUGUGGUCGGCCUUAGCAUCCAACACCAACCUUUGCAGCGUGAUUGUCAAAGGUCUGCAACUCGGCAACGACGACGUGGACGUGCUGGCAGACGCCGCUCGCAAGAGCAGGCGCCUCACCGAGUUUCGGUACAUGCCGGAUUAUCGUUCUGCCUGGGAGCGCAUCUUCGGACGAAGCCUCCACGCAGAGGAGUCCCCCUUUAGGCUGGACAGCCAUGCUUACGCUGCACUGGUGGAAAUACAGGACUCGACUCGCCGCAACGCCAGCCGUGUGUCGGCAGCUGCCCGUUUUGUGUUGGGCGAGCGAGACACCGCAGAGGCUGCUCUGGGCAUCGAGCUUUUCUACGAGCACCCCCACCUGCUGGAGCUGGUGAGGGACGGCGCUCUUGUGGACAUCUACGAAGCCAAAGCGAUGAUCGGGAAAGCACGCAAGAAGCUGCGAAAGUACAGUCUGGACAAGUUCAUGAGAACUGCCGGGGUCGUAGCUCAGUCGGUAGAGUGCCAUCCGCAGCAUGACGGCAGUUUGCAGCUCCCUGACAUCGGCGAGGACUGCUGGUCGUUGAUCUGCAGCUACCUGAGUCUCGCGGACAUUGCAGAGGCUGCAGGACCCCCGGGUGCACUCUUCAGCACAUUGCUGUGGCAGUGCCACGACUUGCGCGGUGGCUCAGGGUCUCCCUCCACGGAGGAAGACUGGCUCCGACUUCUCACUAGCUCCGCCAAGGAAGAGCAGCUCAGGGCUGUCCAGAGAGCCCGCGAAGUCGCCGAGAGUCUCAACCUCCCGGCUCCCUCGUGGGUGCGGCCCGCGGACGUUACCCCCUGA